AUGGAGAGAGCAAGGAAGUGUGUGGUAGUGAGAACGCCCGUCUGUGUUGCAGACUGGACGCAGGUGGAGGACUUCGGUCGCGAGGUGACGCUCGCGGACAAAGAGAUCAUCCUGCCCCUCACGCUUCGCUAUCUCACCCCCAAGUGGGUGUCCUUCUUCGGCCUCGGGGCGAUCUCCGCAGCCGUCAUGGCCUCUGCUGACUCCAGCAUCCUCUCUUCCAGCUCCAUGUUCUCGCGCAACAUCUACAAGCUGGCCAUCCGUCCUCAGGCAAGCACAACUCAGAAUUAUCUUGUCACUUGCCCCAAAAUCGAAAGUUCGUUUCCUCCGCGUGUGGUGGUGCCAUUUUGUAACGCGGUGCGUUGCAUUCCUGUGCAGGCGUCGGAGCGAGAGGUGCUGUGGGUGCUCCGGAUCUCCGUUGUCUUCGUGGCGGCCGUGUCCUCCUGCAUCGCCCUCACCGUGGGAAGCAUCUACUACCUCUCGUAA